CAAGCUCUGAGACCGGAAGGGGUGCGCCGCUCGGCACCGACGGGAACCGCGUCAGGGUCAACACUUCCGUUCCGCCGGGGCAACUAUGGCGCGGCCAACAGGCAGACUUAACUAUGGCUCUCCACUCGAGACCACGCAAGUGCAGGGCCCCGCGGGCGAGGGCGGGAGCGAGGUGUCUCCCCGACCCAGGUCCCGUGAGUCGCCCGGCCGAGGCCUCGCGGCUCGCAGUAGCUUGGCCACGUUCCCACCCGCGGCCGAGACCCGGACCCAGACGGCGAGCACCCGAUUACCUGCUCCCGCCGCAGUGCUCCCCGCGCUGUUGCGCGUCACACCCGGCUCUCAAACACUGGCUCCGGGACACCGGCUACGCAACCACCCCCCUCCCGGUGACUGCUAGCCCAGGAACCCACGUUGGGGCAGCCCACGCACCACCCGGCGCCCAGGAUCUCCUCACCGGAAGUUGAUUUCUACCUAGGCCCGCCCAGGCCUGCGCGCGGCGCUCCAGGCAUCCGCGGACGCAUCACAUGACCCCCCAAAGAGGAGGCCAGCUGAGCCUCAUCUGAAGAGAGACCUGACCUGUGAAACAGAUUGACCUGAUAUACACUGCUCUGACCAUCCUCAAAAACUACAUCAUGCCUUAUCUUUUGUCCUGAGCCAAAACAAACUAUCCAACAGAUAUUCCUCCUAACAUAGAUUCAGCAGGCUAGGCCACAAGAAGAACCUCCUAGUUGAGUGUGAUUCUCAGGUAAUUGCACUCUGCGAUAGAUUGACUUCGACAUAACGCUUUUCCUGACCAUUCUCAAGAUCUACCUCCUAGUAAAAGGUUCUCAAUCUCUCUUAGUGACAGGCCCAUAAAACCACCUAACAAAUCUGAAUUUUUCUUCUGUCCAGAACUGGAAUCUACCACGAGAAGAGCCUUUGCCUCUUACGAGCAACCAAAAUGUGAGAACUGAAUAAAGCACCCGGCACUGUGACAUGCUCAAGAAAUGUUUGCCGUGAUGUCUGGACCUAUUGGCUUAGCGGAACUCUCAAGUUCCCGAACAUGCCUAAGCUGAAAGCUUCUCUAACCACUGGAUUUUGAAGAUCGGCAGCGCCAGGACUGUAGCACUUGUAAUCAACUCUAUCAUAGCAGUUCGUUCAUAUUCUACUAAAAACAGUUGAUUUUCAGCUGUUCGACAUCCUUAUAGCAAAGCUGUCAGUCAACACCUUUUCCUGAAGGGAAUACGCAUACACUUGAUAGGUUUUUGUUUGAAGGGGAGAGUAAUUGUGUAGACUGUCGUGACUGUUACAUAGAAAUGGUCAACAGGUAGCAUACUUCUCAGAUGGUUUAGACAACAUUCACUUUAUAGAACGUAUACCAUUUACUUGGAACUAGUCAAGUGGUAACAAUCUGGGAAUGAACCAAAUAUAUCCAAGAUGUUUUACUGCCUAGUGCCCUGAUCUUUUGAGUGUGAGUCUGUGGACAACUUCUAUUCUUCACACAGAGAGCAUUAUUGGAAAUUGCUUUUCUCUUCCUUCCACUGAACAAAACUGACUGAACUAUCUUUAAUCUCUGUACUCUGAGUGGGAAGUAUCAACAGGAUCUUGACAUGCCUUCACUGAGCUGGGCAACCUGAAGUCCUUAGUGAACAACUUAUACUGAGCAGAUCACCUCUUCUGACCUUUUCCAUCCUGCCCAUUCUUUGCACAAAUAAGUUGUAUUUCUCUUAUAGAAAUUUGAUGCUUCCUUACACACAUAUACUUUUUAAAUUUCCAGUUGAGCACCAAGUCAAGGACCACUUCUUUGUAUACUCAGCAAGCUGUUUCCCAUUUCUUCUUUUACAUCUAGUCUAGUUGUCAAGAAAGUGGAAAGACAUUCAAUAAGCAUUUCAUAAACUGUUAGUCAAUAUUUAUGUGUCAUCUUAUCUUUUCUCUUUGUGCUUGAAAUUUUAAUGCCUUUGGGUUUCCAUCGAAACAUCUGACCCAACAAAAUGACCGUUUAUCCCUACAGCCACCACUCUAGUUUCAGAUCACUGUGUAUCGGUCAUCAGAAUCUCACCUCAGAAACCCCACAAAGUAAUCGGUACUUUUAUCUUUAAUUGUUUAACAUGCUUACAUGUAAGCACCCAUCACCACGUCAACUUUAUUCUUUCCAGCUGUCAAAGGAGAUUCCAUGCUCCUCAGCAGUUAUUCCCUUCCUCCAU